UCAUCUCAACCUCUCCAAUUUCUCAAUGUCGUCGGUGCGGCGCCUCAAGGAGCGCGGCGGCGGAGGGGGCAAAAUCGCCGCCGCGCCGGCCGGAAAGAUAUCUCCGGUGCUAGGCAAGGAGAACAUCAGGUCUCGCUCCACAAGCCGCCUUCGGGAGACCACUCAGAAGCCCAACCUCCGCCCAAUUCCUCGCCUCGACAAGUCCGCCGCCGCGGCGGCGCCGGAGGAGCCUCCUUCCCGGCGAUCUACUUCAUCUGUUCCGCGAGGUAGGAGCUCUAGCCCCUCUGAAUUCACUCGUAUCUUUUCCGAUCUGCGUAAAAAUUCCACCAAAAUUUCUCUCGCUCCACCCCACCGGAAAGUCAGCAGCGUCGCCCGGAAAGUUCCUAACGAGAAAUUCAUCGAGAAAUCCGAUAAUCCUAAGAAAUUAGCGAAAGAUUUCGUUAGAAAUGGACCGAUUUUGGGGGAAUUUAGGGAGAAAUCAAUUUUUAGGGUUUUGAAUUCAAUUUCUAGUGAAAAAGCUUCUUCAGAGUUCGAUUCAGUCGAAUCGAAGGUGAAAUCAGUCCGACAGAGGUUGAAUUCGAGGGAGACGAGGCCGAUCAACAGAGGUAGCAGUGUUCUAGAAGGUUCGAAAAUGGACAACAAGAAUCCAAGCAAGCUUCAUGAGAAAUUAGCCUUUCUGGAAGGUAAAGUGAAGAGGAUAGCUUCUGAUAUCAAACGUACAAAAGAGAUGUUGGAUAUGAACAAUUCAGAUACUUCGAAAAUGAUCCUUUCCGACAUUCAGGAAAAGAUUUCGGGGAUCGAAAAGGCUAUGGGAAAUGUAAGUAUCCAAGAUAGCAAAGGGAUCGAGGCUUCGAAUGUUCGAAGUUCGGUGAAAGGAUUAAACGUCGACGAAUUAGAGGCGCGGCUUUUUCCGCACCAUAAAUUGAUUCGAGAUCGAACAUUGUCGAAGGCCCAAAAUGUCGGAACUUCCGAGGCUGUCGAUGACGGAAAUGCGAUCGCGUCGGAGUUUUUGGCUUCUUUGAAUAGGGGAGAAGAAUCGUCGAUUCAAGAAAUGUCUCUAAAUGUAUCCAUCGAUAAAAACGAGAAGUUCGACGAAUUAUGCGAAGAACAAGACGUUCCCGGGAUGAUGUUCGAGGAUGGCGUCGAAGAUUGUCGCAAGAAUAAGCUGACGAGUAUCGGAUGCAAGCUGUCGACGGGCGGAUGGUUCGUGUUCGAAGGAGAGUCGGUGAUUCUUGCGCACGACGACGGUUCUUGUUCUUUCUACGACAUAGCGAAUUGCGAGGUGAAGGCCGAGUACAAGCCUCUGAUUUCGCAGUCGAACGUUUCGAACGAUUGUUGGAUAAUUCGCGCGCCGAGCGCCGAUGGAUGCUCGUCGCGCUACGUCGUCGCAGCUUCAGCUGGAGAUUCAUUCGGAUCGGGGUUUUGCUCGUGGGAUUUUUAUUCGAAAGAAGUUCGAGCUUUUCAUUUCGAAAAUGAAGCUGUGCGUGAAAACAGACAGAUGUGGUUUACGCCUUGCGGCCAUCUUAUUACAUCGGCUGCUUGCGGACAGAGGACGGUGCAACUCUACGACAUUCGCGACGGGGAGAAUGUAAUGAAGUGGGAGCUGCAGAAACCCGUUCGGGCGAUGGAUUACGCGACUCCUUUGCAUUGGCGAAAUCGGGGGAAAGUCGUGGUCGCAGAAUCGGACGGCGUUUCUCUGUGGGACGUUAGUUCGCUUAGCUCGGAGGCGCUGCUUUCGGUUCCUUCCGUUGGUCGCAAAAUUUCUGCGAUUAGCGUAAACAACACUGAUGCUGAAAUCGGGGGAGGAGUCCGGCAAAGAGUUAGUUCGCAAGACGCGGAAGGAAACGACGGGGUGUUUUGCACGGAGGACUCGAUAAACGUUCUAGAUUUUCGACACCCUUCCGGAAUCGGCCUCAAGAUACCGAAAGUUGGAUUCUUCGCGCACUCGGCGUACUCGCACGGCGACUCGAUCUACGUCGGGUGCUCCAAUUUAAUCUCGGCCGGGAAGAAGCAUUACUCGGUGGAAAUCCAACACUUCUCGCUGCGGAAACCGGGGCCGUUUGCGACGUACAUUUUACAGGAAGAAUCGAACGAUGCUCGUCGAGCUGAGUUGUCGUUGGCGCAAGUGUGGGGAAAUUCGAGCCUCGUGAUGGGCGUGUGCGCGCGGGGAUUGUUCGUUUUCGACGCCGUGAAUGGGAACAGAUUGUCGCCGUCUUUCGACCAGUCGAGCAUUGUGAAGGAAGUUAUCGGAGGGGACGACAACGGUGAGCUGCGACGGUCGCCGGCGUUCGACUACUCCGGUUCGAGGAUUUUACUGGUUUCGAAGGACUGGACUGCGCAAUGGAGGUAUUUGUUGUGAUGAUUUGUUUGUUUUAAGGUUUUGGCAGCCAUUGUUGUGUGGAUGAUGAAAGUGUUUAAGCAGUUGAUGGCUGUUAAAUUUGGAUGUUUUUUUUGGGGUGCAUGUGUGUUUUUGUUUCUCUGGUGAGGACUUUUAGCUUAGUUUAUUGAUAAAUUUGAUACGCGGCUUUUUUAAGA